CCCUCAGCCUCAAUUCUAAAUUAGCUCUCUCUCUCUCUCAUCUCUUUCUCUCUCUACAAAACUUUGCAGCCAUGGUCAGAGCCGGAACCCUCACCAAGCUCAAGUCUGCCAUUAAAAGAUGGCCCUCGAUUGGCAAGCUCGGUCGGAGUUCCAGCUCCGUGUCGGUCGUCGCCGUGACCGAUGCUACCAAUAUCCGCGAAAGCAACUCGAAGGAGCUUCACACGGUCUAUGUUGGCAAGUCACGGCGGCGAUAUCUUAUCAGUUCAGAUGUCGUAGCACACCCUCUGUUUCAGGAGCUGGUUGACAAAUCGUCUAACGACGACGACAGCGCGAUUGUGGUUUCUUGCGAGGUGGUUAUGUUUGAGCAUUUGUUGUGGAUGUUAGAGAAUGCAGCCACGCAAUUGGGGUCGAUGGAGGAGCUCGUCGAUUUCUAUACUUGCUGAUCGGCGGUCGCGGCGGUCGACAUGUCGGAUAAUUAAGAUGUAAAGAUGGUGGUAGCUAAAGUUGUUGAGACUUGAGAGGAGUUUGAUUCGCUGGAUUUUGUGUAUUUUUUUUUAAUUUAUGAUAAUUAAUCAUGAUUGUUAAUUGUUGUACCAACAAAAAAUCAUGAUUGUUAAUUAAACAACAUAAUUUAAGAUUGCUACAUACAUACUUCAAUUUUAAUUCUUCAUUAUUUUUUUACUACAAUGUAUGGGGUGGGGAGAUUCGAACUCUCAAUUUCGUGA